GCCAACUGCUUAACGAAACCUCCCGUCUGUCCAAAGACCAGGAAUCUCCUCAGCGGCCAUGGACAACCAUUCAUACAACUUCCCGUCCGACUGCACCCCUCUCACCAACUGCAAGUCGGCCCGCAAGCCGGCGGGAUCCACCGUGGUGAACAUGGGCGGCAGCGGCAAGAGUCCUCCUCGGGACUAUCUGAUCUGGUCUCUGUGCAACACCUUGUACGUCAACUUCUGCUGCCUGGGCUUCAUGGCGCUCAUCUACUCCAUCAAGGCCAGGGACCAGAAGACCCAGGGAAACCUGCAGCUGGCCCAGGAGUGCUCCGACAAGGCCAAGUGGUACAACAUCCUGGCGGCCGGCUGGAACCUGCUCAUCCCGCUCCUGGCCGUCGUCCUGCUCGUCCUGCUGCUCGUCCACCUGGGCUCGUCUCAGGGCUCGUUCGACUUCUUCGGGGAGGACGGUUUCCAAAACUUUAUGAAGCUGUUCAGCUGGUAGACGACCGGCAGAAGGGAACCGAAGAGCAGAGCAGAGCAGAUCUCAUAUUCACACCGUUUGUAUUGAUGUAGAAAAGAGGGCAAUGAAAAGGAUCGAUGGGAUGAAAGCUGACAGGAGUUCUAACAUCAACACCAAAUUAAAAUGCUCCUUUUCAGCCAAGAGAUGACUCCUGGGAAGCUCUGAUCAGUACUAACAUAACUGGUGUAACUAAUGAGAAGUAACACAAUUUAUUAGGAUGCAAAAUCAAAUGUUAAAACAAAGAAUGAAGAAAAAAAAAAACAAUAUUAAGUAUAUCUUGAAAGUGACUCAUUAAAGAGAGAAAUUAAAUAGCAUUUAAGACCUGGAAUUAGAACAUUUAAACAGUAUUUGUACUGUUGCAAAUGUAAUGUCAGCAAUAGUCUGAAGCGCUCAGCUGAGAUGUGACGUUGUCCAUGGAAUGGAUACGCUUCAAAAAAACCAGAGUUUGAAUAAAAGGGGUUGAAUCCAGAUUGUGAGACUGAACGAGCAGACAGCCUGCAUCCCUGUUGCUGUUAUUUAUUGUAUUUAUGUUGAGUGAAUAUGUGUGAGGGCUGGAAGGAUCUUUUGUCAGGGCAGGAAGAGCAGAGGACGAUGGACUCAGGAGAAGCCGUUUUACAAAGAGCGAUCAACGUUGACCUCCAGUUUUACUUUUAAGCAGUUUCUAAAUCGUAUGUCGGUUUUCUGAUUCUUGUAUUUUUUUAUUACUUUAUUAAUGUCUGAAAUACUUUCAGGUAAAAG